UAUCAGGAUUUCGCUCCCCUUCCUUGCAGCUGACAGAGGAGGCCUGAGAGCGCAGUAGUAACUCCUUGCAGUUCUAGGGUGUAACACUCUCCUCCAGGGAGCUCCAGGCUGUGCAGACAUUAUUGAUCUCCUGCCUGGCAGAAGUUGAACCUCUGAGUGUUUAAGCUAUUUACCUCUGGACAGUCAACCAGCCAAGGAAAAAUUUUGCUCUAGCAUCCCCAUUCUCAUCACUUGGUUAGUCACAGGCUGUGACUUUACCCUACAGCCUCUGUCUGGGGACAGGCCUUCAUAAAUGCUGUUCCCAGCUUCUAGGGUCACAGCAGGUUCUAAUGUGGGAACAGGAAGUCCAGCAAAUAGUGAGGAAGGUGGCUGCUCUAUGGCUCUGUGAUUUUAGAGCCAUGUUUUGCCAGAAGAGCAAGGAGAGCAGACAGGCUUGUCUGAAAGCCCUCCCUCUUAAAUAGCAUAUAAAGAAAUUUCUUUCUCUUCAGCCUCCCCACACUCCCAACUUUUGUCCUUGAGAAAAGGUUCAACACUUCUGAGUCUUCAGUGGAACAGAAAUAAACUGAGCCAGUGCUUGAUUGUCUCUAUAGCAAUCCACCCUUCCCUAAUUGAGUAUGUGGUUUUCAUUCAUUUUCUCUCAUUGGUUCCUUUAUUUCCACUCCAUCACCCUAUGUUCACUCUGGGCAGGGAGCUAAUAGGUCUGCUUAGGUUACAGGGUGGUUUUGAAUUUGGCCAGCUUUACUGCAACAUAUAGCCAACUGUUUGUAUGUCUUUCAAAGGUUUAGAAUGGAGCUCAGAUACCAUACCCCAAAGAUGCUGGCAGAGACAUUCUGACUCAUUAAGGGAGAGCUGGCUGAUAGCAGAGAGGGGUGACAUCAGCCUUGCAGACAUUGCCCUGGGGAAUUCUGAGCAGUGUUGCUCACAGCACCACCUGGCCAGAUGGAGACCACCAUGGGGUUCAUGGAUGACAAUGCCACCAACACCUCCACCAGCUUCCUUUCUGUGCUCAACCCUCAUGGAGCCCAUGCCACUUCCUUCCCAUUCAACUUCAGCUACGGCGACUAUGAUAUGCCUUUGGAUGAAGAUGAGGAUGUGACCAAUUCCAGGACGUUCUUUGCUGCCAAGAUUGUCAUUGGGAUGGCCCUGGUGGGCAUCAUGCUGGUCUGCGGCAUUGGAAACUUCAUCUUUAUCGCUGCCCUCGUCCGCUACAAGAAACUGCGCAACCUCACCAACCUGCUCAUCGCCAACCUGGCCAUCUCUGACUUCCUGGUGGCCAUUGUCUGCUGCCCAUUUGAGAUGGACUACUAUGUGGUGCGCCAGCUCUCCUGGGAGCACGGCCACGUCCUGUGCACCUCUGUCAACUACCUGCGCACUGUCUCUCUCUAUGUCUCCACCAAUGCCCUGCUGGCCAUCGCCAUUGACAGGUAUCUGGCUAUUGUCCACCCGCUGAGACCACGGAUGAAGUGCCAAACAGCCACUGGCCUGAUUGCCUUGGUGUGGACGGUGUCCAUCCUGAUCGCCAUCCCUUCCGCCUACUUCACCACCGAGACGGUCCUCGUCAUUGUCAAGAGCCAGGAAAAGAUCUUCUGCGGCCAGAUCUGGCCUGUGGACCAGCAGCUCUACUACAAGUCCUACUUCCUCUUUAUCUUUGGCAUCGAAUUCGUGGGCCCCGUGGUCACCAUGACCCUGUGCUAUGCCAGGAUCUCCCGGGAGCUCUGGUUCAAGGCGGUCCCUGGAUUCCAGACAGAGCAGAUCCGCAAGAGGCUGCGCUGCCGCAGGAAGACGGUCCUGGUGCUCAUGUGCAUCCUCACCGCCUACGUGCUAUGCUGGGCGCCCUUCUACGGCUUCACCAUCGUGCGCGACUUCUUCCCCACCGUGUUCGUGAAGGAGAAGCACUACCUCACUGCCUUCUACAUCGUCGAGUGCAUUGCCAUGAGCAACAGCAUGAUCAACACUCUGUGCUUCGUGACCGUCAAGAACGACACCGUCAAGUACUUCAAAAAGAUCAUGUUGCUCCACUGGAAGGCUUCUUACAAUGGCGGUAAGUCCAGUGCAGACCUGGACCUCAAGACAAUUGGGAUGCCUGCCACCGAAGAGGUGGACUGCAUCAGACUAAAAUAACCCCCUGGACUUUGCAAAGUUUAAACGCAAAGCAGGGUCCUGUGGACACUGACUAGUGUGCUUGGAUGCACAUCAACCUGGAACUUUUUGUUUGCUGCAGAGGGUAAGGUAAAUGGACCACUCUGUGAGCAAUGUUUUCAAGAGCUCAGAGUUUCUAAAAUGCAUGUGACCAGACACAAUCAACAGUGGCAUUUGCUGAAUGUCUAAUUUGCACGCCAGUAGGUACUGGUAAAACCUAUAUAUGUUGAUGGCAUUUAGUUGGCAAAAUGAAAUUGGAAUUAAACCAAGGAAAAUGUGGUGGUGUAAAUAGAAAUAAGGGAGUUUCCACAAAAGAACUGGAGUAGGUAUCUAGGAUUGCAAUACAUGUGUUCGUAGUGUGAGAGUAUCUCUGGGCCAGACACUAAUCUAGCCCAUCUCUGGGAAUAUUCUUCCACUGGACUUCACGCCUAACAUUUGCAAGGCUGGAGCAAGAAUAUGAAAGAGACUCUAGGCUCCUUCUGCAGCCCUUCUCCUCUCAUCUUUCAUGGCGAGGGGCCUUGCAUGCAUGUGCAUGGACAUCCCAGUAUUCAUGGCCAAGUUCUGUGCAAACUCUUCCUCCCACACUGCUCUAUGGCCACCCUCAGGCCCAGGGCUCUGCACAUAGGUGGUAAGGCUCUUCAUCAGAAGGACUGGCUUGGCGAAGAAGACACAUAGACCCUGGAUGCCAUUUGGACAGGGAAUUAUGGGGUUCUGGGUACCUGGAGUAAGUCCAGAGGGGGAAGCCUGGAUUCAGGGUAAGCAUGUCCCGGGGCUCCAUGGACUUUUUGCCUUCAGUGAGAAGGGAGGUGCAAGUGGAGGAGAGUCAGAACAGGAAGGCAAAACUGGAAGCAUGCGGGGCUCAGUGCAGCUCAGGUGUGGCAGGGGCUCAGGCUCUCCAGGUACACAGAUGAUACCAUUCCCACCUGUUAUUUCAUUUGGACCAAUUAGGCUUCCCCUUAAGUCCUUCCCUUCCCUCUCACGCCUCCACACUUGUGAAGCAUAGAAUCUUUGAAAGUGGACACAAUACCUCCUGGAUGUGGCCUUCAUUCAUUUUUCUGUUUUCACCAGCUCUCAAAUGUGAGUGAUGAAGAGUUCCCUCCUAACCAGACAGCAUGGUAAGGUAUCCUCAUCGAUAUGAUUUGAGGGCAAGAUAUCCUUAUUACUGGCACCUGAAUCCCAUCCUAGUCUUUGUUCCUUUGGAUUAAGACUUGCUUUGCUUCUAAAAUAGGGGUCCUCUUAGGAGGGAUAAGCCACACAUUUCUAGUCCUCAGUGUGAAUGAAGUCAUGUGAUCCAGUGGCAGGGGAUGCAGGUCAGAUGCAUCUUCCAGAAGUCUGGGCACCCAGGAAAGAAGGGGACACACAGAUGGGUAGUGUCAGACCAAACAAUGAGCUUCAGUGACCCCAUAGGUUGUUGAAAACUCAUCCCACUUUCUAACCUGCCUCCUUUGUUUGAUGUUUUGAGUUUUGGAGUUUGGUAUUUUGGAGUUGGGAGAUCUGAGAGCCAGACUUGACUCUGUCAACUGUGUAGCCCUGGGCAAAGCCUCUCCGAGGGGACAAAGGUAACACCUUUGUCCUUCUGUGAUACCUUCUGUGAUACCUUCUGACCGAGUGGCUAUGAGAAGCCAAUGAGACAAUACGUGGGAGAUGCCUUUAACCACACAAGUUAUCCAAAGGAUGGACUAGGAACUACGUGUAGUGCGCCUGGACAAGAAAAACCUCUUACUUUGGCUUGUGUAUUCAGAAACCUGGCCGUCUCCACUUUUAUUUUUCUUUGUGUAAAUUAUUCCUUUGUGCUUCAUAACAGUGCUGUAUGCAUUAUGUGCCUAAUAACAUGGUUGUGCAAACAAGGUCAUGAGAUUUGCUGGUAGACGCAUAAAGGAAAGGGUGGCUGAGUCUCCGGUUAGAAGAUGAGUUUAGGGGUUUGGAAACUCCAGAAUCGGAGUAUCUUUGUGGUACUGGAAGUGCUGAUCAUCUUCCCAUGCCUGUUCCCAGCCAACUUGAAUCUGGGCGAUGGAAUAGUUGUUUCUCAAUCUGUUUUUAUUCUCACGAGUGUGUAGGCUACAGCGUGUACUUGUCUUUUUCUUAUUUAACUCUAGAGCAGUGCACUUACAAGGUUAUUUAAGUGGCACCUGUGUGACAUGUUCCCCUCCAAAUAUAGUCAACUCCUUAUUUUGGGCAGCAAAGUUUAUUUUGUAUAGUUACUUUAUUUCCCUGAAAGACACAUUACAAAAACCUAUUUAUUUCUUCCCAUUUAUCACCCAGUAGACUUACCCUACAAUUUAAUCAGAAUGCUCUUGGAGAGUAAAAUUAAUUAAAAUAUUAGCCUAAACCAAAAUGCAUUGGAAGGCCAUUUUUAUUUUUUAUAUAAGAUCAUAUAUUGCAUUCUAAAAUCUGGAAGGUUAGCUUUUAUAUUAAAAAGUUAAAAAUGAUACAAUUUAUUGUCAUUAUGUUCACCGCUUUCAUUAAGAAUGCUAAACAAGAGUUGAUUGUAUUAAACAGGAGCUUUUUAUAUGCGACAACCAAACCCCACUCUGCUUUUCAGCCUAAAAUGUAUCAAUUUUUCACUCAACUAUCUGUAUUACUUCCAAAUAUUAGUGUCUGCUUGUAAUUUUAUAGUGAAUGAGAGUGUUGUGUUGUUAUCAAGUGAAAUGAAAAUACUUGGAUAUAC